AUGGCGUCGGCGCAGGCGGAAGCCAAGGCUGGCAUGGCGCCCGAGCAGGGACCAGUGAUUCAGAGGCAGCGCAAAGGCUCGGGAUCGGGCGCUGGCUCUCCGAAGAGCAAUAGGAGUUCACCCACUCAGCAGGAGGAGAAGCGCACGAAAAGCGAGGAUCGCACUUCGCCCACUGGCGCGGGUAAGGACGAGGAUAAGGAUGCCCAAGGGGCAGGAGGCGGAGGAGGAUCAUCGCCGGUGAGCUCACCGCAGGGCAGAAGCUCUUCGGUGGCAUCGCCCAGCUCGACUUCCCAGCAGUUCUGCCUGCGCUGGAAUAACUACCAGACCAACCUAACCACCAUCUUCGAUCAGCUGCUCCAGAACGAGUGCUUCGUGGACGUGACCUUGGCCUGCGACGGUCGCUCCAUGAAGGCCCACAAGAUGGUCUUGUCCGCCUGCUCGCCCUAUUUCCAAACCCUCCUGGCGGAGACGCCCUGCCAGCAUCCCAUAGUGAUCAUGAGGGAUGUGAACUGGUCGGACCUCAAGGCCAUCGUGGAGUUCAUGUACCGUGGCGAGAUCAACGUGAGCCAGGAUCAGAUAGGUCCCUUGCUCCGGAUAGCCGAGAUGUUGAAAGUGCGCGGCCUGGCGGAUGUGACCCACAUGGAAGCGGCCACGGCAGCAGCGGCGGCGGCUUCCUCAGAAAGAAUGCCCUCCCCCAAAGAGGGUGCUUCCACUUCCAGAACUGAGAAUGAGAGGGAGACCGAGGAACUCCUGGCUUUCAUGCAGCCCGAGAAGAAGCUGCGCACCGAUUGGGAUCCCGCUGAACUGAGACUCUCCCCUCUGGAGCGCCAGCAGGGCAGAAAUGUGAGGAAGCGGAGAUGGCCCUCGGCGGAUACGAUCUUCAAUCCUCCCGCACCUCCCAGUCCGCUGAGCAGUUUGAUAGCCGCCGAACGGAUGGAGCUGGAGCAGAAGGAGAGGGAGAGACAGCGGGAUUGCUCGCUCAUGACUCCACCACCCAAACCACCACUGAGCAGUGGCUCGGGAGUGGCAGCUGCGAGGCGUUUGGAAACCGCCAUCCACGCCAUGGACAUGCCCUCGCCUGCUGCCACGCCAGGACCUCUCUCCCGAUCCUCGCGGCCUCACUCGCAGAGUCCUCAGCAGCAGCAGGCUCAGCUCCCCCUGCCGUUGCCCCUGCAUCCGCACCACCAUGCACCACCUGCCCCACAUCCUUCCCAGGCCUCUGGAUCCGCCCACCAUCCGCCGUCACCCGCUGGAGAUUCCCGCUUUCCCUUGGGACCCGCUGCCGCCAUGGCCGCUGCCAUGGAACUAAGUGGUUUGGGUCCUGGUCCGCCCGCUGAGCCACGCCUACCGCCACCACCACCUCACCAUCAUGGCGGAGGAGUGGGCGGUGGCGGCGUAGGUGGCGGAGCAGGAGGAGGAGUGGGCUCAGGCGGAGGAUCGUCGCUGGCAGAUGACAUGGAGAUCAAGCCCGGCAUCGCCGAGAUGAUCCGAGAGGAAGAAAGGGCCAAAAUGAUGGAGAACUCGCACGCCUGGAUGGGCGCCACCGGUUCCACGCUGGCAGCAGACAGCUACCAGUACCAGCUGCAGUCAAUGUGGCAGAAGUGCUGGAACACCAACCAGAAUCUGAUGCACCACAUGCGCUUCCGUGAGCGAGGUCCUCUCAAGUCCUGGCGUCCCGAGACCAUGGCGGAGGCCAUUUUCAGUGUGCUGAAGGAGGGUCUAUCCCUGUCACAGGCCGCCCGCAAAUAUGACAUCCCGUAUCCCACGUUCGUCCUCUACGCAAACAGGGUGCACAAUAUGCUGGGACCCUCCAUUGACGGCGGGCCGGACUUGAGGCCCAAGGGCCGUGGCAGACCGCAGAGGAUCCUCCUGGGCAUCUGGCCCGACGAGCACAUCAAGGGCGUCAUCAAGACUGUGGUCUUUCGCGACACUAAGGACAUCAAGGACGAUAGCUUAGCUGCUCACAUGCCGCCCUACGGUCGACAUUCGCCCGCGUUUCCCUUGCAGGACCUCCCUCUGAGUUACCCCGGCGCAAGUGGCGCCCUGGCAGGAACACCCAGCUCCAUGGCCUGCCCGAAUGGCAGCGGCCCUCAGUCCGGGGUGGGCGUGCCCGGUGACCAGCACAUGUCGCAGGAAACUGCCGCUGCGGUGGCCGCCGUGGCCCACAACAUCCGGCAGCAGAUGCAAAUGGCAGCGGCCGUGCAGCAUCAGCACGGGGAGGCGGGGCCGCCGCCCGUUCCGCCUGGUUUGUUUAAUCUGCCGCCUCAUCCGGGAGUGGGAGGCGGAGUGGGGGUGCCAGGAGCGGGCGGAGGUAGGGCCAGCAUAUCGCCAGCCUUGAGUAGCGGCUCCGGGCCAAGGCAUGCACCCUCGCCCUGCGGUCCCGCUGGCCUGUUGCCGAAUCUGCCGCCCAGCAUGGCCGUCGCACUGCACCACCAGCAGCAGCAGCAGGCUGCGCACCACCAGCAACAGCAGGCUGCUCAUCAUCACCUGCAACAGCUCCACCUGCAACAGCAACAGGCCCACUUGCACCACCAUCAGCAGCAGCAGCAGCAUCAUCAGGGGGGCCAUCAGGUCCCCCACAAGGCCGGUUUCGGUGCCAGCUCCAGUUCCUCAGCCUCCUCCGCGAUGGGCCAGCAUCCGCCCAAGGCCAAAGGCAGUCCGCUACGCAGCGAAACUCCUCGUCUGCACUCCCCGCUCGGCGAUCUUGGCCUGGACAUGGCCGGCUACAAGCGGGAGUUCUCGCCCAGCCGACUUUUCGCCGAGGAUCUGGCUGAACUGGUUGGCGCCAGUGUCUCAUCGUCCUCUUCCUCAGCUGCAGCGGCAGUUGCUCCGCCCGACAGAUCGGCCGGGGGACCUCCAACGGCCGCGGGCGCUGAUGUACCCAGUUCCUCGAGCAGUGGUGGCAUCAAAGUAGAACCCAUCACCACCACUAGCGAGUAAGAAGGGUUUGAAAUGAAGAAAAUGAAAAGGGAAAGUUAUGAAAUGAUAAAGAGUGAACUAAAUCCAGGAGCACCAACAGCUCUACUGGACUCAUGUGCACCUAUACCUUGGUUAACUGACUAAAUCGGAACUAAGUAAUCUUUUCAAAUAAAACUAUAAGGAAGGUUUACAGAUAUUUGAAGCUAAAACUGAAAGGAUACUUCGAAAUUGUAAUCAGCAUUCCCUGAUUUUGAAUACUUUCAAUAGAACAUAAUCAUCCUAUUAAAUAUAACAUCGAUCCUUUGAUUCCAUGAUAAAUAUAACCGAAAGUAUGUACAUAAACUAGAUGUAAAAGGUUUCUAUUGAUCUUCAGUUCGUAAACUUGAUAUCCAAACGAAUUUAAACAUAAGCUUUAAAUAUUUUGUUUCCUUAAUGCUAAAAAUGUAAAUCAAUAACCAUGUUAGCCAAGGUAUAAGGGCACAUCCGGCAGUCUUACUCUAGUUUCCUCCACGCGAUCUUCGCCACCUAGUUUCUAUGCCUAGCGUACUUAUUGAAUCAAAAUUGAAGUAUUAUUAUGUUAUAGUCCAUCAGUCUAACUAAAUAAAUAGCGAUCGAUCUCUUUAGUUGUAAGCAACGGCGGAGGAACAUUCCACAGAAACCAACCGAGCAGAUAUUUCAAUUUAAACCGAAUCCAACCCAGCAGCAUAAUAUUAAUUAAUGUGAAGAAUCAAAAGAGUUUAAGCGGAUUUAACUUGGUGAUUGUGUGCCCGACCUUUGUUUAGUCUUUAAUUUACAAGAAGCGAGAAUGAAAAAUGUACAAAAUUACAAAAAGAAAAAAGGAAAAAGGAAAACACAAAUGGAAUCAACUAAAUUUAAUGUUUAGGCUUAACGAUAACGAAAAAGAAAUUCACAAAAAAUGCCUUUCGGAAUUAAAUUCAGCGAUGAACACACCGCAAACAAAAUUUGUAAAAAGAAUGAAACAAAUAACGAAACAAGCGAACUUUUUUAAACGUAUUUUUACAAGCAAAAUUUUUAGACAAAAUUUAGAAGCGAAAUUUUUUAUAGCGACUCCUGCUGCGACCCGGUCGAGCUCGUGGCCCCUAAUUUGAGAUUAUUGGACUCCCAAGUAGAAGACCCCGAGAACUAACCCCCUUAGCCCCCACACUAGAUCCCCGUCUAAAGUGCCUUUUCUAGCCUUAAUUUGGACUCUGCUCCGCUUCUGUCCCGGCGAAGAGCUAGGCCAGGGAUUCGCAGCACGGUUCGUUGGUUUAUUUGACAAGUCUGGCGACAUUAUAAGGAUUGGAUAUCGAGACGACGAUAUCGAGACAUGAGUACGAGUAUAACUUUUGGUUUAACCCAUUUAGGCAUACACUUUCGGCAACGUUUCGUUUGGCAAGCACACAAUUUGAUGAUUAAUCGGACGAGAGUUAAUUACGAUAAUGGAUAAACACAACUAUUUUUGCAUACGCAAGAACAUCUACCAUAGCCAUAGCCCGUAUAUAAACACACACACGAUAUAUAAGCAUCUAUGUAAUCCCCGGUCCCCAAUAGACUUUGAUGUUCCAAACGUAUCGAAACUUAACGAAUUACUUUCGGAAUAGGAUGUAAUAUAAACAAUGGCAAGAGUUAGCGGUUAGAAAUCUCCUGGAUAUUGUGUAUCUUUGUACGAUCUGGAACAAGCGUCCAAGUCCAAGUCCAAAACUCAACAUUUUCUAUAAACUUUAGUGCAAACUUUAUGUUCAAAUUAACUUUAAAUGUCGAAAUGAAUGUUCUAAUUAAUCCAAAAAACAAAAAUCUAAAAGCGAAAAACGAAAAACGGAAAUGGAAAACCGAAACGAACAAAAGUAUUUUAU